AUGAGCCUGGACAACUUGUGCGCCGCGCUCAGUGCCUACAGCUUCUUCUUUCCGGUGUCUAUACACCUCAGCUCGGGACGGGCAGCGCCGGAGCCGCCGGCGCAAGUCCAGCGCAUGCUCGCGCUUCUGAAGAAGGAAAUCGGCAGACACCUGGCGCACGCGAGCCAGGGAGACCGCGCCGCUACCGGAUCGACUCGACAACCGGAGGAAGAAGCGAACGCGCUGCAAGCAGUGGAAGAACGAAGCCCAGCUCGACUCGGAGACGACGCGGUUGGUGCGACAGCUGCGGCGGUGUACCGACAGAGAGAGGAACACGGGAGAGUCGCAGCGCGGCCGGUUGCGGCAAAAGAAAGCCUGGUCGCCGCUGUCUCUGCGCUGGCCCGUCUAGGCGCGAAAAGUGGUGACAGACUCUCCUGGGAUCUCCAGAGCGAACUGUGCGUGCUUCUCGAGCGAGAAAUGAAGACGUUGGAUUCGCGAAGACAUAUGCAUGCAGUUGGGAGGCUCGAAGAUUCAGAGAGUGUUCAAAAUAACCAUCAAGGGAUGACGCCAACCGUGACCGGACGACAGCCCGGAAACUCCAUCUUGCCGCCUCCCGCCAGUGUAAAUUCUUCUUUUCUUUCCUCUUCUUCUCUUUCAUCGUCUUCUCUUUCCUCUUCUUCUCUUUCUUCGUCUUCUCUUUCCUCUUUGGCCGCGCGUGGGGCGACAAGAGACGCAACGCUCCUGCGGCUACUCCAGGACUGCGGGACCGUCGCUGCGGCUCUGACCACCCUGCGAGUGGUGAACCGCGCGCUGGUUCGGCUGCUCGUCGAGGAGGCGUCGGCGUGUCUUGAUCUUCUCAGGGAGACAGCCGAGCGAUCAGGAAGUGACGCGACUUCCUCUGCUCCGCCUUCUUCGCUUUCGUCUCUUUCGCCCUCAACUGCGAGCGGAGAACGAAAGGAGCAGGGAAUCGAAGAAGCCAAGGACGCGUCGCUCAUCUCGCGGGUUGUUCAGGCUGUUCUUCGCCUCUGCGCCGAUGCAGGACAUCCUGCCGAGCUCCUUCGCGCUUCGCUCUGGAGGCUUGAGCAGGAUCGGGCCUUCGCGACGUUCCUGACGCAUGCAGAGUUGCUCCGGCUGUCGUCGGCUCUCUGCGAGGAAGAGGUGAAGCGAGUGCUGUUGAGACCAGCGUCGGCAGGCGACGAAAGCGAACACGAAGCUCGAGAGGGAAGCCGGGGGGACUUCUACCAGCAAAGCCAAGACCCGACAGAAACGGUAGAAGCCGUCGGAAGAGAGGCAGAUGUGCCGCAUGCCUUUCUUUUCUCGCUUCGAUGUUUAUCUGCCUUCGCUUCUGCCAGCGAUGAGGCGUUCGACACUCUUUCGCCUCGUGGUCUUCUUCUGCUUCUCGGGUCUCUGUCUCUCUCCACGAAACUCCUGCGUCGCCAGUUCUUGCUCUCGUCUUCUCCCGCCUCGAGCGACUCUUCGAGUCAGCCGCCUCGCACGCUUCUGCGUCUCCUGAACACAACCCUGGGGAGACCGGCCGCGUCUCCCCUGACAUCCCCCCCGUCGCUUUCUUCUUCUCCGUCUCAAAGUCCUUCUUCCGCGUCUUCGUCCACUUCCGCCUUUGCGUCUUCUCCUUGCCGACUUGCUGCAUGUGACGUCGGCGAGAGCGAUGGAGAAUCGGAGACGCGGGCCGAGAGAGCUGCGUCGAGGCGCGGAACGGUUUUCUCGCCCGGGGGUCACAGCGCGGUCGCGCGAUCGGCUUCAGAUGGGGAGGGACAUACCUGCGUCGAAGACAUGAAGAACGUUGAGAAGCUGCUCCACGAGUUUGCCGAGGCGCUCGCUCGCGCGGCAACCGCGAGAGCGGUCGACUGCACGCCUGCCGACGUGCUGCUCGGCUUGGCAGCGCUCGCGAGGCUCGAGUGCCAUGAGACUACUCUGCCUUUCUCUGGAGACGCUUGGCGGCCCACGCCGUCCUUCGCAUUCGUUGCUGACUGUUUUCUUCGCGCUAUGCUUCGCAAGUGGAAGAGCUGGAAAGGCCGGUCCCUCUUCAGCGACGCUGCGCAAAGCGAGUGUCUCCUCCGUCUGUUGGAGCAGUUGGGUCUGCAGGAAAAAGCCGAGCCUCUCUACACCACCCUGAAGAACGGGCGCGGCUACCGGCGCGCUUCGCUCGCGAGGCAGAGCCGACCGGAGCGCCGCGAAGGAACCUGGAUUCUCCAGAGCGAGGAAACGGACAGUGAACAGGACGACGAACUGUGUGCAGACCACCAGAGACUUGGGCUGGGCGGUGGCGACCGUCAUGCGUCUACGGAACGGGCCUCAGCGGAGGCGGGACGAAGUCUGACUCGCCUCGAACGUUCCAGCCUCCCUUUCCUGGACGACGAGGAUUUCGGUCUUUCGCGCGCGUCUCGGGCCUUCCAACGGAAAGCAGAGAAACGACGGGGCAGCCUCCAGACCCUUCGCGGUUGCUCCGAUGGCUCACGAACAGACGAGAGCGAAGGAGAGAGACGCGAAAACGAACAAGACUGGAAAGAGACUCUCGGUUCGGCGCGUCCGUUAGUGAGAGACAGGGAACAAGAAGGUCGGCUGCUGUCUCUGCUGGAGGAGUCUCCGGCCUUAUCUGCGGCUUCACGAGACCGCGACUGUCUCGCGUCUUCCCUAACUUUGCUUUCGAGUGCGGCGCCUGCGUCGCCGUCGCCGUCGAGCUCCCGUUCGCGAUCUCAGGAGGGGUUUCUCGCACCCGACGGGGCCUUCGAAAGGGAAAGCGACUUUGACGGAGAAGACGAGGCAACGUUUUCCUUCAAGUCGCUUUAUUCUUCGUCCCUUCUUUUCCCAGAUGAAGGAUUGGACAGCUCGUUCCAGUCGGCCGACCCUAACAGCCGGCGGGAAACUCGCAACGCCCAGCGAAGGGAACUCGACAAAGACACGAACCGAUCGAAGUCUGAGUCGCAGGCGAGAAAUGGAAACGAUGCCUCCGAACGGUCGAAGCGGCACUUCGCUGCGGACGGCUACGUGAGAGAUGCCCAGGGGAGAGUGCGCGAAUGGUGGGAUGUUAACGAGCAGUCCAGCUCGGCGCGGAGCGGCAACGGCAACCGGCGAGGCCAGACGAACGGGCGGAUGAGAAGCUCCAGUGCAGGCACGAAGGGCCUCUCUAGAGCCCAGAGUGGUCGUGGCGCAGCGCCUGGAACGCCGUCGAAGCAAAAGUACAAGGCGCGGCGACAAGAAGACAGACAGGCAGCUGAGGCGUUUUUCUUGCAUGCAUGA